AUGCAAGUAACUGAAAAUAACUGCCGCAAGAGAGGGGUGGGAGUGGGGGGGGCGGACAGUAACUGCAAGUUUUGUAACCGUCUCCUUUAUUUGAGGCAACCACAACGCUUCAUGGAAACUUUUUUACGCAAAAAAAUACUCUCUCUCUCGGUGAAUCAAUCAAUCCAAUGAUAUGAUGAACAUGAACAUGAACAACGCAUCAAUCGAACAACAACAACAACAACAGGAUCAUUCCUCCACCGUCCCGGCUUCCCCUGCUACAGCUUCUGUCUUGCCGCCGCCGCCGUCAAAUCCAAGAAAGAAGAGGACAAAAUUGCAUAAUCCUGUCGCCGGAGCGGCAGGGGUCGUCAAAUUUAAGCAGCAAACAAAGAAACCUGAUCCGUCUGCACCCAAGAUUACACGUCCAUGCAGCGAGUGCGGCAAGAAAUUCUGGUCUUGGAAAGCCCUGUUUGGGCAUAUGCGCUGCCACCCAGAGCGACAAUGGCGCGGAAUUAACCCUCCUCCCAAUUUCCGCAACCGUCCUCCUCCGCCCCCCGAACAAGGUAUCGUCCAGGUCCAGCCUAUUUCAAUGACGGAGGACGACGAUCGUGACGUCGCUGCCUGUUUAUUAAUGCUCGCUAAUUCCCCUUGCCCUGUCCCGGCUCCUUUCAAUCAUCCCGGCGGCGGCAACAACGAAGUCCCUAUUAUUCCGCCGGCGGCGUUAAAUGUGGAAAUUGUUGAUGUUGUCAACAAUGAAAGUGAUGAUAACUGCCGGUUUGAGUGUUCUUCUUGCCGGAAAGUAUUUGCGUCUCAUCAAGCACUUGGCGGGCACAGAGCCAGCCAUAGGAAUGUGAAAGGGUGUUUUGCUAACGAUUACAAUAUCAUCAGCGGGGGCGAUGAUGAUGUAUACGUGGAGGAGCUGAUGAGAGAUCAGGAUAUUCAUAAAUGCAGCAUUUGUUCUAGGGUUUUCUCCAGUGGUCAAGCAUUAGGCGGUCAUAAGAGGUGUCACUGGGAGAAGGCUGCGGCGGCGGGAGGCCAUGAGGGUCUGCCGUUGUCAACGUCGUCGGCAUUAAUACCGUUUCCGCCGCCGCCGUCGUCGUCGACACCAUCAAGUAGCAGCUACCACCAUCAGUUCCACCAGCAAGCAGCGGCCGCCGGACGCUAUGGUCUUGAUCUGAAUUGUCCAGUGAGUCAGGAUUCGUGUUCGUUAUGUAAAGAUUGUCAUGGGUUUCUCUCUAGUACUCCUUCGCAUUAUACUUCUUCUUCUUCAUCAUCGCCGGGAUUGGACUUAAGAUUAGGUCUUUGAUCAUCCCCCCUUCCAAUUAGAUUAUGAUGAUGACAUUUGACAUGUAAUAAUUGUAAUUAAAGACUGUUGUGAUUUGUGUGUGUUACUUAUACUAAUAAUAAUAGUAUUAUAGCUUUACUGGUUC